UUUAAUUUUUUUAUAACACCCAGAAAGAUAAACAAUAAUUUAUUGAAUUUAACAAUAAAAAAUAAAUAGUUUUUGUUACAAAAUUUUCUCAAAUAAAGCGAUUUUUUUCAAAAGAAUAUUUACUAAAUUUUUAAAGUGUUGAAAUAUGGAGCCAUCAUGUAAUGUAGACCCUGAGACAGCCGCUCCUCAAAAAGCCUGUCAUAACUCACCCCGGACUGAAAUGUGUGGAAAACAAAAAUUUGAGCCCCAAAAUGCCGAUCUAUUGAUUUGUAAUACCAAAAAUUGUCAAAUUUAUGGUGGUCAUGAUACCGAACCAUUUCCCAAUUAUCCGUGUCCGGCAAGGGUAAUCAAGGCCAAAGAUCCCAACAAAAAUUCUUUAGGAUCUCCGGUGGGCAUGAUUGCCUCAAGCAUCAAUUUCAAAAGUGAAGGAAAACCCAGUGACAUAGCUCAAGCUCGCUAUGCCACCUAUUUGAAAGCUUUUGCUCGACUCUAUUUAAAUCCCGAAUUUAUGUGGACCACCGAAUUACUCGAUGACAUUAUGCGUGAAGGUUUAACCCUCUACUCCCAAUCGGAGAAAGACGAGAAUCAACUUGAAUCUCCGCCACAAAUUUACACGGAAAGUGAGCGAAAAAUUCAAAGAGAAUUUCAAAUGUCCGGUUGUACAUUUCAUGUGGAAUUAAUGAAGAAAUUCAGGCUGGACGAUGGAGCCAAAGGGGAUGGCGUGAAUGCAGGCCAUGAAGAUGAGAUGCCUUUGGGCGAUUUGAAAAAAUCUCUGAAGAAAUUUUUUCAACACCAUAAACAUGUUUUGUUAGCAUUUGGCAAUGCCAUCUAUGUCCUGAUGUGGCGUUCCCAGAGGGCCUACAUGGUAUUGGAUGUUUGUGGCAGACGUUUGGAUUUCCACUCGGAUCGGGAAAAGGGUAUGGCAAUGUUGGUGUGUCUCAAGACCCUGGAAAAUGUACGUCACCUCUUGGUGGGCCUAACAAAUCUGGCAAAGAUUGAUUCCUUUAGCCUAAGGGAAAUGAAAAUGGUGAAAGUUUUAAUGCCCUCCGGGGAGGUGGUCCAAAGGGACUAUGGCUUGCGACAACAACAAUGGGAGCUGGUUAAUGAUGAUUAUGCCUAUUUGAAGGCCUCCCUGCAUUUAAGCCUUAAUCCCAAAGAGUUCCUAAGAAAUCGCAGUGCCCUGCCAACGGGUGUCAUGGCCAUUGUGUUAUCGAAAAUUGAUCAUCCAGCCACUUGGAGUAUGAAAAUCUUGGAUAAGAUAUUGUGUUUUGGGGUGAGAUUUUGUCAAGCCUGUUGGGCGGCAUGUCCAAAACAGAACCCCGAAGGCAUAAAUGCCAUGGAUUUCCCCACUCUCUUUGAUAUGGCUCAGUUUAGGAUACGCAUUGAAUUGCAGACUUCAAAAUAUCAAGGUCUCUGGCGUUGUAUACCAGGCUACAGACAUUCCGAAUUGGCGGAAUCCUUCCAAAAGGCCUUCAGUGGUGGGCAACACAAACUGUUGCUGCAAAUCAAUUACCAACUCUAUGCCAUUUGGAAGAAAAAUGAUUUCAUCUACCUUUUGGAUCCGUUUCGUCAUCGUAUUUUGGGCCAGCCGGUAGGUGGUGCAGCUGAAGAAACAUUUGAGGAAAUGGAAAAAAGUGCCAGUUUGCGUAUGUUUGCCUCCUUUCCGGUCUUUAUGAAUACCCUCAAUCAUGUUUUGCUGGAUUCAAAUCGUAAUAGCAGAUUUCAAAUACACAGCCUAAGGAUAUUGAGAAUUUCAAAAAGAGAUCGCCCCGCCGGGUUUGGUAAUGAUGCCAUGCAAGAGGAUCUUUUGCCAACAGAUGUGGAUGUGAAAUCAUUGAAUGAACAUGUCUGCUUUGAGGAAUCCGAUGAUUUUUGCCAAAAGCUAUUGGCCGAAAUCAGCGAUUAUGAAGAUGAGGAUUUGUUGUCAGAUGUGGAUGAAUUGGAGCUGAGAACCUCAUCGAGUGAGGGUGAAGAAGGUCUGGAAGAAGAAGAGGCCGGCCAAGGUGGUGAGGAGGAAGAAAUGGAAGGUUUAGAAUCAUCGUCAAGUGGUGAUGAGGAUACCAAUAAAAAUAAACGGGAAGCAAGUGGUAAAAGUGGAAAAAAGAAGGGUAAAAAUAAUAAAAAAGGAGGCAAGAACAACAAAGGUGGGAAGGCAUCUAAGGGCGGGGACACAGGUGAUAAGCAACGCAAAAAGGCUGGGGAAUCUGUGGAGGAUGAAGUGGCUCCUAAUGAGGCAAUGUCUCACAAGGAUAAGCAAAAUGAGGGAAAAGAGAAGCAGAAAAAUGAGAAGCCACAAAAUGAAAAGAAAUCAAUUGAAGCAUCUAAAUUGGAAGGCCAAGAGAAAGCAAAAGACACCAGCAAAAUGGAUGAGAAUAAGGAAAAAAAGGAAGACGCUAAUAAAUCACCCCAAGAUAAGAAAACCCUGGACAAGAAUCCAGCCAAAGAGGUCGACAAUUUAGCCAAAGAAAAUAAAAUCACGGAGGAUAAAAAUAAACAAGAUAUGGACAAGCAAAGCAAAUCUCCACCUGACGCUAAGGAUGGAAAGGAAAAACCCUCUGAAACUCCCACGAAAAACAAAGCCAAUAAGCCAGGUGAAAGCAAUUUAAUGCCGCCCAGAGACCACAAUGAAGGGCCUAGCACAGAAUCACCUAAAAAAUCCAACACAAAAUCACCAUAUCCAAAGACUUCAUGUGGCCAUGAAGCCGAUGAUGAAAAAGACGAAGAGGACACUUUCGAUAUUAGACGUUAUUGUACCAGCACCAAAAUACCCGACCCAAAUCGUUAUCCUGGCUAUUUUAAAUGUCCCCUUGAUAUGGCUGUUGUUGGCUCCGAAAAUGGUAGCUAUGAAAGUUUAUCGAAACUUUUACGGGCCGGUUUUAGUCGAGCCGAUCGUUUGUUGGCCAUGACGCCAACGGGUAAUUUUGUGGUUUUCCGCUGUAUGUGUCAUGACACUCAACAAAAACAACAACAACAACAGGGGGUCAUUGAAACUCGUCACCUUUAUUAUCUUUUUGAUGGCUGUACCUGUAAUGUGAAUCGUUUUCGUCACUUGGAUUUAAGUUUAGGUACUGCCGGAUUGCUUUGUUUCAAGCAGCUGCAUGAUGUCAUUGAAUAUAUGCGACAAAUUCGCAUGGUACGCGCCAAGGAGAAUCGUUGCAAACGUCUGGUCCCACCAACAGCCGAUGAAAUAUGUCAAGAGUUUUGUGGGUAGUUUUAGGAAAUUUUAUGUUGUAUAAUCCUUUGGAUUUGUGUUGAAAUUUUAAGGUUUAAGGCGUUUUGAGUAAGGAUAUUACGGAAUACCUAUCAAUGAAAAAUAAUAUGGAAAUUAGCUCUUCACAGACAUUGAUAUUGAUUGUUUUUUAUCCAACCAGUUUCUUCUCUUCUCAAAUAAAAAAAUACCUUGAAAAAUAAAUACCUCAAUCA